UCACUACAGUUUUAAUCAGGUUUUUCUAUAUUGUGGCAAUUGACAAGUUCAUAUUUUAUUGAUUCUUCUAAUUAUAGGCCAUAAAAUGUGAAGUGAAAAAGCACUCUCAACUCCUUCUCAAACUCACAAAAGGAAUAUUUCAGAAUGGUGGGUGUUAACUUUUUACCUACCAUUCUUUGUAGGCAUUAUGAUUAUAAAAAAAAGAAUGCAGAUGAGUGGCUCUCAAGAGACAUCAAAAUUGGCCCCAUCAAUUUGAGACAGUAGAGACUAACAAUGGAACAUUUAGAGCAACCUACCAGAUUACUUCUGGAAGAUGAUCUUCUACAGUCUGAAGACAGUGUUCACACAGGAGACGGGUCAGUGAAUGUAAAGGGAGAGCUUUCUGUCAAAAGGGAAACUGGGACAUGGAAAUCAUGCCCCUUUAUUCUAGGCACUUUCUUUUGUGAACGUUUGGCGUACUAUGGGAUUGCUGCAAAUCUUGUCACUUAUCUCACCACGAGACUACACGAAGGAACUGUUUCUGCCGCAAAAAAUGUCACCACAUUUCAAGGAACUUGCUAUCUUACACCUCUCAUUGGAUCCUUCUUUGCUGAUACUUACUUGGGAAGAUACUGGACAAUUGCAGUGUUCUACGGAAUCUAUCUCAUUGGAAUCUGCAUAUUGAUUCUUUCAGCAACCAUUGCUGCACUGAAGCCAAUGGAAUGUGUGAGUUCUGUCUGUCCAUCAGCAACUUUAGCUCAAAGAGCUGUGUUCUUCCUUGGACUAUUUUUAAUUGCAGUAGGGACUGGUGGAAUAAAGCCAUGUAUUUGGCCCUUUGGGGCAGAUCAGUUUGAUGAUACAGAUCAUAAGGAAAGAGCAAGUAAAGGAUCAUUUUUUAAUUGGAAUUAUUUCACCAGUAACAUUGGUGCACUUUUAUCAGUCACAAUAUUGGUAUGGACUGAAGAAAAUGUUGGGUGGGGCAUUGGAUAUGGAAUUUGUGCAUUGUUUAUUGGUAUUGCAAUCAUAAUUUUCUUUCUAGGCACACCAAUCUAUAGAGUUCAAAGUUCAGGUGGAAGUCCUCUUACAAGAAUUUUCCAGGUGAUUUCUGCUGCUUUAUUUAAGUGGAAAUUGGAGGUUCCCCAAGACAGUUGUCUCCUCUUUGAAAAAGCAAUGAGGAGUUCCUCCAUUGAAGGAAGUUCUAGACUAGAACAUAGUGAUGAUUUGAGGUUCCUUGAUAAAGCAGCAGUGAUAUCAGAUGCAGAAAAAGAGAGUGCCGAAGCGACUAGUCCAUGGAGGCUUUGUACAGUUACACAAGUUGAAGAGUUUAAGAUUUUGAUCCGCAUUUUUCCAAUCUGGGCAUCAGGAAUAAUCUUCUGUGCCGUUUAUGCACAAAUGUCAUCACUUUUUGUUGAACAGGGAAAAAUGAUGGACACAACUAUUGAUUCUUUGAAAAUUCCUGCAGCCUCUCUUUCAACAUUUGACAUCAUAGCUGUCAUUAUUUGGGUUCCAAUUUAUGAUAAAGGGAUUGUUCCAAUUGCAAGGAAAUUCACUAACAAGGUAAGAGGCUUUUCAGAAUUACAAAGGAUGGGAAUUGGCCUUUUUCUCUCCAUUAUUUGCAUGUCAGCUGCUGCAUUAGUAGAAACCAAGAGGUUGCAAAUGGCGAAAGAAUUUGGUUUGGUCGACAAAAAUGUCCCUGUACCACUUAGUAUAUUAUGGCAGAUACCACAAUAUUUCUUGCUUGGUGCUGCUGAGGUAUUCACUUUUGUUGGACAGCAUGAGUUUUUCUAUGAGCAAGCACCAGAUGGCAUGCGCAGUUUCUGCAGUGCAUUGGCACUUUUAACAAAUUCUUCGGGGAAUUAUUUAAGCUCUUCGAUUGUCACUAUUGUUGAUUACAUUACGGCAGAAGAUGGAAAUUCUGGAUGGAUAAGAGAUAAUUUGAAUGAGGGUCAUCUUGAUUACUUUUUUUGGCUUCUAGCUGGACUUAGUUUUGUUAAUAUGUUGGUAUACAUUGUUUAUGCUAGACAGUACAAACAAAAGAAGGCUUGUCACAUCACAUGAGUUUUCCUUAAGCGCAGUCUUUGUGACUUUGAAGUAGAUUCUUAUAGGAAUUAUUUUUCCCUCAAGUGUAGAGUUCCUAAUGUAUCAUAUAAAAUUAAAAUGUUAAUAGAAAUGAGAAGUUUCUUAAGGCUAUCACCAAUGGAGAUUGCAGUGAAUGUUUCUUCCUGUACUAUUUAUCUUUACUGUAUUUCCUUUUAAGUAUGUAAUUAGACUUCAGUGAAGCUAUAAAGCCAUAUGUUCAUUUUUUCGGUUACAUGA